GAGACUUCCGGCUGUAAGCGCUCGCCCUGGCUUCUGCUGACGGAGUUGGAACUUGCGGAGACCAGGAUGGUUUUGCUCGAGAGCGAGCAGUUCCUGACGGAGCUGACCAGGCUCUUCCAGAAGUGCCGGUCGUCGGGCAGCGUGUACAUCACCCUGAAGAAGUAUGAUGGUCGCACCAAACCCACUCCGCGGAAGAGUUCUGUGGAGGCCCUCGAGCCCGCAGAAAACAAGUGUCUGUUGAGAGCCACGGAUGGGAAAAGGAAGAUCAGCACUGUGGUGAGUUCCAAAGAAGUGAAUAAGUUCCAGAUGGCCUAUUCAAACCUGCUGAGAGCUAACAUGGAUGGGCUCAAGAAGAGGGACAAGAAGAGCAAAAGUAAGAAGACCAAGCCAGCACAGUGACAGGCGUGGCCAUUACCAGCCAGCUGAAGUGCAGCUUCCUGUUGCUGCUUUUGGCACCCUCUGUAUGUAACUGUUUUCAUACAAGCGUCGUUUAAGGGAAGGGUUGGAUGAUCAUAGGGUAGUUGUGCUAAGAAACCAGUUGGUUUUUGAUCUCCAUCGUAUGGCUAGGUAUUCUUAGAUUCCAGCCUUCAAGUGUCAUCUUUGAGACCUGUGCAUCGUCAAGUCCAUCCAUGCCAGCUGUUUCUUUGCCUACCCUGUUUGUGUCAGUAACUACUAACUCUAGAAUGAUAGUUACUCAAUGGUUUUUGCCUUGUCUUUGUGAAUACUGUAAUAGAAAUCUGACAGUUUUAUUAAAAGUCAUGUUAUCCUA